CUGCCCAAACGGGGGUUCGUUUUGUUUCGUUCCUGUGACCGCAUUCUCGAGUGGUAGCGCUGUGUGGAGUCGUCGCAGUGUUUUGUUUUUUCUAAAUGCAGAUAUGGAAGUAGCUAGCUGCGUUAGCUAAGAAUACACAAACGUUAGGACACGGCGACGCGUGCGGUGCGUUUUAACGGCUGCUCUGCGUGUUCGUACAGCUCUGUCAAAGACACGCAGGAGAUUAACGUUUACCUGCAACCCCCAAAAGACCCAAUGGCUACUGACAUGCCCAUGGACACGGUGCCGACUCGUCAUCCUGCACCUGCCCCAGCCUCACCCACUGACAUUGCUCCAGCAUCCCCUCCUGCCCGAAGCUCGAGGGCAGCCCAAGACCAGAUUCCCACCAAGGAGCCAGCAAUAGCUGAGACCCCGGAAACAGCGGUGACCUCAGAACAUGAUGCUUCUCCAGAUCACAUCCUGGCUCAGCCUACAGACCCAGAUGUGGCGCCAGGUUCUGAGAUGCCACCGACCCCUCUGCUGCCACCACUGCCGCCAGCAAGCGCCAUGAACGCCAGCUGCAAGAUUAUGACUUUCCGGCCCACCAUGGAGGAGUUCAAAGAUUUUGCUAAAUACGUUGUCUACAUGGAAAGUCAAGGAGCUCAUCGUGCUGGCCUGGCAAAAGUGAUUCCUCCAGAGGGCUGGAAGCCGCGGAGGAAUUAUGACAGCAUAGAGGACAUGGUAAUUCCAGCUCCCAUCACGCAAGUGGUGACUGGACAGUCGGGAUUGUUCACUCAAUACAACAUCCAGAAGAAGUCCAUGACCGUUGGCGAGUACCGCAAGCUGGCCAACAGCAAGAAGUACUGCACACCCCGGCACAAAGACUUUGACGACCUAGAGAGGAAGUACUGGAAGAACCUCACAUUUGUGUCACCCAUUUAUGGUGCCGAUGUCAGUGGCUCCAUCUAUGAUGAGGACAUUCAAGAGUGGAACAUUGGCCACCUCAACACACUUCUGGAUAUGGUGGAGCAGGAGUGUGGCAUCGUUAUCGAGGGUGUCAACACUCCCUACCUCUACUUCGGCAUGUGGAAGACCACAUUUGCAUGGCACACUGAGGACAUGGACCUCUACAGCAUCAACUAUCUGCACUUUGGACAGCAGAAGUCCUGGUAUGCCGUCCCACCUGAGCACGGCAAGAGGCUGGAGAGGCUGGCGCAAGGCUUCUUCCCUGGCAGCUCUCAAGGUUGUGAUGCCUUUCUUCGCCACAAGAUGACCCUGAUAUCUCCCUCCAUCCUAAAGAAAUACGGCAUUCCCUUUGAUAGGAUAACUCAGGGUGAAGGGGAGUUUAUGAUCACCUUUCCUUAUGGAUACCAUGCUGGCUUCAACCAUGGCUUCAACUGCGCAGAGUCCACAAACUUUGCCACCCUGCGCUGGGUGGACUACGGCAAGAUGGCUACCCAGUGUACCUGUCGUAAAGACAUGGUGAAGAUCUCCAUGGACGUGUUUGUGCGCUGCCUGCAGCCCGAUCGCUAUGAGCUGUGGAAGCAGGGCAAAGACACUACAGUGUUGGACCACCUUAAGGCCACUGAGCUCAACAGCCCCGAACUAGAACGCUGGAGGGAGCAUCGUGUAACCCAACGAGCAAACCUCCUGCGAAGGGCCAUGCAGAAGAUGAAGCAGGUCCGUCGUCUAAAGCUGGAGGAGGUGAAGGUGCUGGCACAGGAAGGCAUUGAGCUGAAUGCUGCUGAAUACCAGCGGCAGGUGGAGGAGCGCGAGGCCCAGCGUCGGCAGGAAAGAGAGGAGCGUCUAGCCAGAGAGGCUCUGAUGACGCUGGAGGCCAUGGAGCGUGAGGAGCAAGAGGCUGCUGCCAAAGCAGCAGAGACUCCAGCUGUAAUGGGUGAGGAAGAUAUGAGCAUUUUGAUGAGCCACCGCCACUCUUCUGAAGUUUCCUCCUCCAAUUUUUCUUUGCCAGAACAAGAACCCGAGGCUAAACCACAGGCCUUUACAGAGGACUUUGAGAAAAAGAAGUACAAAAAGCCGAAGAAGAUUUCAAGUACCCAGGCCAUCACUGGGUUUGAGGAAGCAUUUGAGCAGUUUGCUACAUCUAGCAUGCAGAAUUCAAAGAAGAGUACGGUGGGAAGCCCUCUUAGCCCACGAGAGAGUGACAUCCCAGCAGACAGCAAGUUGGAUGUGAAUGCCAGCCAGGCAUGCUACUCCAAGAUGAAGAUGCCAACUGAGGUAAAAAAGAGCCGUCGUCACCCCCUCAGCAAGCCACCCAUGCGCUCCCCUUUGUCAAUCUUAAAGCAAGACCCAUCUAGUGACAAAGAGCUGUCCUCCCCCAUGCCGCUGGAAAGUGAUAUGAAGAAACAGGAGCACCUGUGGCAAAACCAGUCACCCAACUUCCUGGCAGAAAAAGCCUUCAAUGCUGCAGUGGCAGCACUCGAACCACACUGUGCUGUCUGUUCACUCUUCUGUCCCUACACAAAGCCACAAAAAUUCAUUUCAAAUGAUGCCCACCGCGCCUCCUUUCCCCGCCAUGGCAGUCGGACUCGUCCACUGGUCCCAGAGAUGUGCUUCAGUGUCGGCGCAUGCAACACCGAGCCUCCACCCACCAACUAUCACAUUGGAGAGGAUGGUACCAGUCUUCUGCUCCGCUGUUCAUCUUGCCACAUGCAGGUUCAUGCCAGCUGCUACGGUGUGAAGCCCGACUCUGUCAGUGAAUCCUGGAUGUGCUCCAGGUGUGCAGGAGGAGCCUGGACAGUGGAGUGUUGUCUCUGUAACUUGCGAGGAGGAGCUUUGAAGACCACCACAGACAACCGGUGGGUGCAUGUGAUCUGUGCCAUCGCUGUGGCUGAGGCUCGCUUUGUCAACGCCAUUGAGAGGGAACCGGUGGAUGUCAGUGCCGUUCCAGAAUCACGCAAGAAUCUGAAGUGUGUGUUCUGUCAUAGCCAGAGUGCUAAUCAGAACCGUGGCGCCUGCAUCCAGUGCUCAUUCGAGAAAUGUGCCACCUCCUUCCACGUCACCUGUGCCCAAAUCGCUGGAGUCAUCAUGACACCAGCUGACUGGCCCUAUGUGGUGUCUGUCACCUGCCAAAAGCAUAAAAGGCUCCCUGUGAAGCCUCGGACAACACACAAAGGCCCACAGCCUCUGACCCUGGGCCAGAGGGUAAUUGGCCGCAGCGGUGACGGAUGGUACUACCACUGUACCAUCAUUGGCAUGGCAACACAGAUGUUCUACGAGGUCAACUUUGACGACGGCUCGUAUUGUGACAACCUGCAUCCAGAAAACAUAUUGAGUCAUGACUGCCUGCGUUCGGGUCCUCCUGAGGUGGGGGAGUUGGUUGUGGUCAGCACGCCCGAGGGUCAGGUCCUCAAUGCUUCCUUUGUCAGAGAGCACACCCACAAGUACUACCAGGUUGAGUUUCAGGACCAGAGUCAGCUAAUGCUAAAAGCCUCAGAGAUCCAUCAUCUGGAUCAGGAACUUCCCAAGAGGGUCCGAGCCAGACUGGCUAUAGCUGUUUCACAGGUGGAGGUUUCCUCAGCAGAUGAAGCCCAAGCAGCCAAACGCCCCCGCCUGCCCUCAGGUUCAGCCUCUCAAGCUAAAGCCACCAUAACUACAGCGCCGGUAGCAGCACAUCAUAGUAUUAGUACACCGCCGACCUCACAAUCUCUAUCUGAGCCCGCAACAACCCCAAAAGAUGGCUCCGCCACAACCAGCAGGAUUCAGAUGGACGCAGAGACCCCAAUGGACACUAGUGUCGCACACACCCCUGCCGCGGACCCCGUGCUGGCUCCGCAGUCGACCCCUUUUCAGGCAACGUUGAACUCUGAUCCGCUCCUGUCUGCCCCGUCCCCUCCCCCUCCCCCGCAACACAUGUCUGAUGGCUACAUGCCGAGCAGCGGCUACGUUUCCUACAUGGAGACCCUCCUCCAUUCACAUUUCCCUCAGGACGAUGGCCCCGGACCCCUGUAUUAAAAAAAAACGACUCCGCUAUAUUAUUACUCAGCGAGUGGAGGCUGAGCUCAUAGGAAGUAAGCUAAUGGAGGUGGAUUCUACUGCGUGCUGUAUUAAUGGACAAAAACAUUUCCUCCACCGGCUCUGAGAGCUCAGGGCAGGACCAGGAAAAGACACGGACACACAAGCACUCUUUUAAUGCAUGUUGCUUUUCUAUUUUUGAUUUAAUGUAUUUGCAGUGGUGCUUUAGCCUGCUUUGAGCAGCAGCUAAAGAGGACUCUUUUUUUAACCAUAUUAUUAUUGUUAUGAGUUUCUGUUUGUUUUGUCUUUUUGCGUUUUUGGUCAGCUGCUGUGGUUUUCUCCUCCAUCUAAAUAUGAAUACGUCUCUGGGUGGUAUCAACUCCAUACCUCGUUGCAUUAAUUCAACAGCACACUCCCAUUUUCUCUGUACAGGAAGCUAAUUACUAUGACUAUGCCUCUCAUCAUUGAGGGCCCCGGUGGACUUCACUUCGUUUUUUUUUAAUUGAAACAACCAGCAACAAAAUAUCUAUUUUUCAAACCAGCCACUCCCGGCUUUGGAACUGGUGAAACUACAGUGUCAUUGUUCAUCUACAGGAUAUUUUCAGCAAGUUGUUUUAUUGUCAGAUUGCAAGAGGUAAACGGGGGGGAGGGGGGUUGGGGGUGGGGGGAAAAAAAUAAUGUAUUGUAGGGGGAACUCAGUAUUUAAAUGUCUUAGUCGAAUAUUGAAAGAAUUAUUUGUUAUAGAAGAAACCUGUUGAAUGCAAACACUAGUAGAUUUGUCUGCAGGAUGCAUUGAAUUUUGUGAAGAUGUGUCACAGUAGUAAACAGAUGAGACCUUUUACGUAUUGACGUCAUUCAAACUGUCAUUUGGUGGCUCCGCUUUUCACACCCUAAACUAUCUCAGGGUUCCUACAUGUAGAAAAUGAAUUAAGUUUUAACAUCUAAGUAUUCACACCGUUAAGGAAGUCCAGAACGGCCCAGAAAACUGCCUCAAAAUAUUCCUUAAUCGUAAUUGGCGCUUGAAAAUGUGUUUGUUUGUUUAUGCCCCUGUUAAUAGUUUAUCCAUUAUACUGAGUGGUAUCUUUGUUUGCUGACACAUUUCUCCACAUAAGCACAUCAACUACGACGUUAAUUUAAAGGACUGAAGCCUGGAAAAUGUUGGAUAUUUGGAAAAAGAAAAAUAUGUAGGAACCCUAAAAUCUGGAAAUAUUUUGUACCAUUCUUGGUUUAAAAUGUACGUAUAAAUCAAUAUUGUAUAUUAAUAUUGUUGUCUGUUUUUUCUAAUACUGUAUCCUUUGUAUGUUCAUUUUCUGAAAGAAUUCACAAACUUGGCCGAUACAAAAUAUUAAUACCUUUUUUAUUUUUGACAGAUUAUCACAGGCAUUUUACUCAGUUUGUACUGGUAAACACAGCUUUCUUUUCCUGGAUAUGGCCAUUUUGUGCUACAGAGGUGCUACAGAUAACUACUGAUCAGUUUCCUAACACUGUCACCUUGUACAUACUGCAGGCCUUGUGUAUUGUGAAUGAAACUUGUAAAUGUCGCACAUAUACUUUUUUUUUUCCCCCCCUGUCAUCACAACUGAGAUGUUGGAACAUAUCUGUGUUCCUGUAUCCAAAUGAUAUCCAUUGAGAAAAUCUUAUUUCAUAGGGAUUAAAGUGGGUUGCUAGUCACCA